GGUGGCGGGUGUAAGGAGGUGCCUGCCCUUCAGCUUCAGGCCCGCACUCUCAGCGAUUUGUGUGAAUCAUCUCUGUACAGUGGGUCGAGAAAAGGAAGAGGAUGUGGCUCUAGGGGACUUCAAAAGCCACCAUUUGAAGGACAAGAUUCUGGCCUGUGCUUCUGAGAGGAUGCCGCGAUUCCUAGGCAGCGCCCCCACCCUCACCCAGACCUGCCAAGCGCUUCUGGAAGGAUCCGAGGCCUCAGCUCGUCGCGUGGCGGGUGUAGGCCCACCUCGGUGCUGGCUGAUCCUAGGGAGAUGUUAGGGCUCCCUGCCCUCGCAGGUCCUAUGGCUAUGCCACACCCACCUCUAAUUCCCUCCACUCCCACUUUAUUGGCCUUUUCCUUCCCAGGUGGCUUCUACAUGCUCCUGGACCCCAAGAAUGCAAAACCAAGGCAGAGAUCUGCCCUCCUGAGCCCUCUGAUCCAGUCCUCCGGCUGCCUGAGCCUGUCCUUUCAGUACACCCAACGUGGCCAGGCGUCUGGUGCAACCCUCAUGGUCUAUGCUUCUGUUUUGGGCAGCAUCCGGAAACACACUCUUUUCUCAGGACAACCCGGACCCAGUUGGCAGCCUGUUUCUGUCAAUUACACAAGCCAAGGACAGAUUCAGUUCACCCUGGUGGGUGUGUUUGGAAAGAUCCCAGAGCCAGCUGUGGCAGUAGAUGCAAUCAGCAUUGCUCCCUGUGAAGAGAGCUUUCCUCAGUGUGACUUUGAAGAUAAUGCCCAUCCCUUCUGUGACUGGGUACAGGCAUCACAGGAUGGUGGAUACUGGAGGCAGGGAAAUAAAAAUACAUUCAUCCAGCCUGCAGGCCCCUUUGGAAUCUCCCUUAAUGGAGAAGGUCACUACAUCUUCCUUGAGACUGACAAGUUCUCCCAGGCAGGCCAGUCUUUCAGACUGGUGAGCCGGCCCUUCUGUGCCCCGGCUGUGAUCUGCGUGACGUUUACCUACCACAUGUAUGGCCUGGGACAGGGCACAAAGCUCAGGCUGCUGCUGGGGAGUCCUGCGGGUAGUCCCCCAAGUUCUCUCUGGGAACGUGUUGGGCCUCAGAGCCCUGAAUGGCUGAACACCUCCGUCACCAUCCCUUCAGGACAUCAACAGCCCAUGCAGCUGAUAUUUGAAGCCGUCAGGGGCACCAACACCGCCUUUGUUGUUGCUCUGGGUUUCGUCUUGAUCAAUCAUGGGACCUGUCGAGGACCUUCUGAAACCUCUGUCUCCACAGAAAAACCCGUGGCCCCUACAGAAAAACCAACUGUCCCCAGUGAAAUAUACACUAUCCCCACAGAAAAGCCCAUGGUCCACAUGGAGAAGCCCAUUGUACACACUGAAAAACCUACAGUUCCCACAGAAAAACCUACAAUCCCAACAGAAAAAUCUACAGUGCCCACCAAAAAACCCACUGUCUUUAAAGAACCCACCCUUCCACCUGAAGGGCCCACCGUCCCUGCUGAACAGCCUACCACCCCGCCUGAAGGGCCUGCUGUCCCUCCUAAAGGGCCCACUGUCCUCACUGAAUGGCCCACAAGCCACACAGAAAAAUCUACUGUCCACACAGAGAAACCCAUUCUCCCCACAGGAAAAUCCACCAUCCCCACAGAAAAACCCAUGGUCCCCACCAAAAGGACCACCACUCCCACUGAAAGGACCACUAUCCCCGCAGAAAAGCCAACUGUCCCCAUAGAAAAACCAAUGGUCCCCACCGAAAGGACCACCAUUCCCACUGAAAGAACCACUAUCCCCACAGAAAAACCUACUGUUCCCACAGAAAAACUCACUGUCCCCACAGAAAAGCCAAUUGUCCCCACAGAAAAGCCGAUUGUCCCCACAGAAAAACACACCAUCCCCACAGAAAAACUGACAGUCCUCACUGAGAGGACCACUACUCCCACUGAAAGAACCACUAUCCCCACAGAAAAACCUACUGUCCCCACAGAAAAACCCUCUGUCCCCACAGAAAAGCCAACUGUCCCCACAGAAGAACCCACCAUCCCCACAGAAAAGCUUACCGUCCCCACUGAGAGGACCACCACUCCCACCAAAAGGACCACCACUCCCACCAUAAGGACCACAACCCCCACCAUAAGGACCACCACCCCCACCGAAAGGACCACCACCCCCACCAUAAGGACCACCACUCCCACUGAAAGGACCACCAUCCCCACGAAAAAGACCACUGUUCCCACAGAAAAAACCAUUAUCCCCACUGAAAGGACCAUAGCUCCUACAACACCCCAGCCCAGCCCAACUCUUGUACCCACUCAGCCAGCAGCCGUCGUGAUGCCAAGUACUUCCGCGACCACUGUGACCCCGAGAACUACUAUAGCGAGCUGCCCCCCAAAUGCCCACUUUGAACGCUGCGCCUGCCCAGUGUCCUGCCAGAGCCCCACACCCAACUGUGAGCUCUUCUGCAAGCCCGGCUGUGUCUGUGAUCCUGGCUUUUUAUUCAGUGGCUCCCACUGCGUCAACGCCUCUUCCUGUGAUUGCUUCUACAACGACAAUUACUAUAAGCUGGGGACAGAUUGGUUCAGCCCCAACUGCACAGAACAUUGCCACUGCCGGCCCAGCAGUCGGAUGGAGUGCCAGACCUUCAAGUGCGGGACACACACAGUGUGCCAGCUGAAGAAUGGCCAGUACGGCUGCCACCCCUAUGGCAGUGCCACCUGCUCUGUCUACGGAGACCCUCACUACCUCACCUUCGACGGGAGGCGCUUUAACUUCAUGGGCAAGUGCACCUACAUCUUGGCCCAACCCUGUGGCAACUUGACAGAGCACUUCUUCAGGGUGCUGGUGAAGAAGGAGGAGCGAGGACAGGAGGGCGUGUCCUGCCUAAGCAAGGUCUACGUGACUCUGCCUGAAAGCACCGUCACUCUGCUCAAGGGCAGACACACGCUGGUCGGAGGUCAGCGAGUCACCCUCCCAGCCAUACCUUCUAGAGGUGUCUUCCUGGCUCCCAGUGGGCGAUUUGUGGAGCUGCAGACGGCGUUCGGUCUGCGGGUGAGAUGGGAUGGUGACCAGCAGCUGUUUGUGAGUGUGCCCAGCACCUUCUCUGGCAAACUCUGUGGUCUCUGUGGCGACUAUGACGGUGACAGCAGCAACGACAACCAGAAGCCGGAUGGCAGUCCAGCAAAAGAUGAGAAGGAGCUGGGUAGCAGCUGGCAGACCUCGGAGGAUGCGGACCAGCAGUGCGAGGAGAACCAGGUGUCUCCCCCGUCUUGCAACACGGCCUUGCAGAAUACUAUGUCGGGGCCAGAGUUCUGUGGACAGCUGGUGGCCCCUCAUGGAGUCUUCGAGGCGUGCCUGCCUCACCUCAGGGCCUCUUCCUUCUUCAAGAGCUGCACGUUUGACAUGUGUAACUUCCAGGGGCUGCAGCAUAUGCUGUGUGCUCACAUGUCGGCCUUGACUGAGAACUGCCAGGAUGCUGGCUACACGGUGAAGCCCUGGAGAGGACCCCAGUUCUGCCCGCUGGCCUGCCCCCGCAACAGUAGGUACACGCUGUGUGCCAGGCUGUGCCCCGACACCUGCCAUUCUGAGUUCUCGGGCAGGGCCUGCAAGGACCGCUGCGUGGAGGGCUGCGAGUGCGACCCAGGCUUCGUCCUCAGUGGCCUCCAGUGCGUCUCCCGGUCCGAGUGUGGCUGCCUCGACUCCACAGCGGGUUAUGUCAAGGUAGGGGAGCGGUGGUUCAAGCCAGGCUGCAGACAGCUCUGUAUCUGUGAGGGUAACAACAGAACUCGCUGUGUGCUCUGGAGGUGCCAGGCCCAGGAGUUCUGCGGUCAGCAGGAUGGCAUCUACGGCUGCCAUGCUCAAGGGUCUGCCACCUGCACUGUCUCGGGGGACCCCCACUACCUGACGUUCGACGGAGCCCUGCACCACUUCACGGGCACCUGCACCUACACCCUGACCAAACCUUGCUGGCUGAGGUCCCUAGAGAAUUCUUUCCUUGUGAGUGCCACCAAUGAGUUCCGCGGUGGAAAUUUAGAGGCCUCCUACGUCAGAGCCGUCCAGGUGCAGGUCUUCAACCUCAGAAUCUCGCUGAUCAAAGGCCGCAAAGUCACGCUGGAUGGCCGCAGGGUGGCCUUGCCCCUGUGGCCCGCACAAGGCCGGGUGAGCAUCAUGUCCAGUGGCUCCUUCAUCCUCCUCUACACGGACUUUGGGCUUCAAGUUCGCUAUGAUGGCGACCACCUGGUGGAAGUGACCGUGCCCUCCUCCUACGCUGGCCGGCUCUGUGGGCUCUGCGGGAACUACAACAACAACAGCCUGGACGACAUUCUGCAGCCUGAUAAAAGGCCUGCAAGCAGCUCUGUGCGCCUGGGGGCCUCCUGGAAGAUAAAUGAGUUAUCUGAACCUGGCUGCUUUGCUGAAGGUGGCAAGCCCCCCAGGUGCCUGGGGAAGGAAGUGGCAGACGCCUGGCGUAAGAACUGUGAUGUCUUAAUGAACCCUCAGGGACCCUUCUCUCAAUGCCACAGGGUGGUGGCCCCUCAAUCCAGCUUCUCCAGCUGUUUGUAUGGCCAGUGUGCGACCAAGGGGGACACCCUGACCCUGUGCCGCUCCCUGCAGGCCUACGCGUCCCUGUGCGCGCGCGCUGGCCAGGCCCUCACCUGGCGGAAUGGCACCUUCUGCCCUCUGAAGUGCCCGUCAGGCAGCAGCUAUAGCACCUGUGCCAACCCCUGCCCAGCCACCUGCCUCAGCCUGAACAAUCCAUCAUACUGCCCAUCCACGCUGCCCUGUGCCGAGGGCUGCGAGUGCCAGAAAGGCCACAUCUUGAGCGGAACCUCCUGCGUGCCCCUCAGCCAGUGUGGCUGCACCACCCAGAGGGGCUCCUACCACCCGGUUGGGGAGAGCUGGUACACGGACAACAGCUGCUCCAGGCUCUGCACCUGCUCUGCCCACAACAACAUCUCCUGCCGCCAGGCCUCCUGCAAGCCCAGCCAGAUGUGCUGGCCCCAGGAUGGGCUGAUACGGUGCCGGGUGGCAGGGAUGGGAGUGUGCCGCAUCCCUGACACAUCCCACUACGUGAGCUUCGAUGGCAGCUACCAUGCUGUCAGGGGCAACUGCACUUACGUCCUGGUGAAAAUAUGCCACUCCACCAUGGACCUGCCUUUCUUCAAGAUCAGUGGCGAGAAUGGGAAGCGGGAAGGCCAACCCCCGGCUUUCUACCUCCGCCAGGUCUACGUGGAUAUCUUUAAUACCCUGGUCACCCUGAAACAGGACCAAGUGCUGAUCAAUGGCACACGGGUCAGUCUGCCUGCAACCACGCAGAUCCGUGGGGUCAGAGUCAUUUCCAGGGACGGCUACACCGUGCUCACCAUCAACAUCGGGGUGCAGGUCAAGUUUGACGGCAGAGGUUUCCUUGAGGUUGAAAUCCCCAAAGCCUAUUACGGAAGGACCUGCGGCGUGUGCGGGAACUUCAACGACGAGGAAGAAGACGAGCUCAUGAUGCCCAGUGAUGCACUAGCUCUGGAUGACGUCAUGUAUGUGGACAGCUGGCGAGAUAAGGAGAUCGACCCAAAUUGCCAGGAAGAUGACAGGAAGACCGAAGCAGAAUCACAAGAGCAGCCAAGUGCAAACUGCAGGCCAGCUGACCUGGAGCGAGCCCAGGAGCAGUGCCAGGCGGCCUUUCAGGCCCCGGCCUGGGCAAACUGUGCCACCCGCGUGGUGCUCAGUCCCUACGUGCGCAGCUGUACUCACAAGCUCUGUGAGUUUGGAGGCCUAAACCGUGCCUUUUGCGAGUCUCUGCAAGCCUUCGGGGCCGCCUGCCAGGCCCAGGGGAUCAAGCCCCCAGUCUGGAGAAACAGCAGCUUCUGCCCUCUGGACUGCUCCGCCCACAGCGUCUACACCUCCUGCGUCCCCUCCUGCCUCCCUUCCUGCCAGGACCCCGAAGGCCAGUGCACAGGCGCCGGAGCUCCCUCCACCUGUGAGGAGGGCUGCAUUUGUGAGCCCGGCUACGUGCUCAGCGAGCAGCAGUGUGUGGCCAGGAGUCAGUGCGGCUGCAGGGACGCCAGGGGCACUUUCCUUCCCGUGGGUAGGUUCCGGCUCUCCAGCGGCUGCUCCCAGAUGUGUGUCUGCACAGCGGGAGCCAUUGAGUGCAGGCCCUUCACCUGCCCCUCCGGCUCCCAGUGCGAGCCCAACGAAGACGGCAAGGACUUCUGCCAACCCAACAGCUCCAAUCUAUGCUCAGUUUUCGGGGAUCCCCAUUACCGCACAUUUGAUGGCCUCAGCUACCGCUUCCAGGGCCGCAUGACCUACACCCUGGUCAAGACCUUGGACGUGCUCCCCGAUGGGGUGGAGCCCCUGGUGGUGGAGGGACGCAACAAGGUGUAUCCAUCCUUAACCCCGGUCUUCCUGCAAGAGAUCAUCGUCAUGGUCUACGGCUACACAGUCCAGCUCCAGGCCGAACUGGAGCUUGUGGUCAACGGUCAGAAGGUGUCCAUCCCCUACAAGCCCAACGAGUACCUGCAGGUCACUCUGCGAGGCCGUCGCCUGUAUCUGGUCACAGACUUUGAGCUGGUCGUCAGCUUCAAUGGAAGAAACAAUGCAGUGAUCGCCAUGCCCAGCACCUACCUGGGGCUCGUGCGAGGCCUGUGCGGCAACUACGACAAGAACAAGAGGAAUGACUUCAUGCUGCCUAAUGGCUCCUUCACCCAGAACCUCCUUGUCUUUGGCAACAGCUGGGAGGUAAAGGCCAAGGAAGGCCACCCCCGCUUCUCAAGGGCCAUUCGAGAGGAGGAAGAGAAAAACGAAGAGUCAGGCUUUCAGAAUGUGUCAGAAUGCAGCCCAGAGCAGCUGGAGCUCGUCAACCACACCCAGGCGUGUGGGGUGCUGGUGGACCCUCAGGGCCCCUUUGCUGCCUGUCACCAGAUUGUGGCCCCAGGGCCCUUCCAGGAGCACUGUGUGUUUGAUCUCUGUGCUGCCCCGGGCCCCAAAGAGCAGGAGGAGUUGCGUUGCCAGGUCCUCAGCGGGUACGCCAUCAUCUGCCAGGAGUCGGGCGCCACCCUGGCCGGCUGGCGGGACCACACCCACUGCGCCUUGCCAUGUCCGGCCAACACGGUCUAUCAGAGCUGUAUGACACCCUGCCCAGCCUCCUGUGCCACCCUGGCAGUCCCCCGGGCCUGCGACGGCCCGUGUGUGGAGGGCUGUGCCAGCCUCCCCGGUUACAUCUACAGUGGUGCCCAGAGCCUUCCCAUGGCCCACUGUGGCUGCACCAACAACGGCGUCUACUACCAGCAGGGUGACAGCUUCGUGACCGAGAACUGCUCUCAGCGCUGCACCUGUGCCAGCUCGGGGGUCCUGCUGUGUGAGCCCCUCAGCUGCCGCCCUGGGGAGAUCUGCACCCUGGGGAACCUCACUCGUGGCUGCUUCCGAGACAGCCCAUGUCUACAGAACCCCUGUCAGAAUGAUGGGCGGUGUCGGGAGCAGGGAACCCACUUCACCUGUGAGUGUGAACUUGGUUACGGGGGAGACCUCUGCACGGAGCCUCGGGGUGUACCAUCCCCCAAAAAGCCAGAGGCGUCCAACCGCGUGGCCAUCCUCUUGGGGAUGCUGAUGCCCACAGUGCUCCUGGUGCCGGCGGUGACCAGAGUUUCCAGGAAGAGGAGGAGGAGGAGGAGGCCCUCUAGGGAGAGAACGCAGAGCCAGAACAGAGGCAAGCGGGCCGGCACAGAUUGUGCUCCAGAGCAGGCCUACAAAGUGGCUUAGUUUUGAGGUGUUCACACAAAGGGAGAGAUAAAAUUAUUUAUUUUUGA